AUGCCUGUAUAAAUCUACUUUAAAGUCAGAUGCGAGACACAUUCAUCGCAGGAACUUAGAAUCGUUGGAGAUAUUCAAGCCUUAGGCAUGUGGAAUCCAUUUAAUAGUUUGAUUUUGCACACCAACAAUGAAAUAUACCCUUUUUGGGUAGGUUAAGUGUAUGAGGACCUAGAAUAAAGUAGAAUUAAAUGUAAAUAGUAGAUACUUUGAUACAAUUUAAAGCAGUCAUUAUUGAAAGCGAUGAAAUUAUUUGGGAAUAGAGCGAAAAUAGGGCCAUAUAAAUCAGAUAUUAAUCAUAGAGUGUCCUCUUUUCUUUUAGUGGUACAUUCACAUAAAUGGUGAAAAUCUAAUCAUAUUAUGAUUAACCAUCCGAUUCGGAAUCAGAAUCAAUUGAUAUAAGUAAAUUUUUAUAUUUAUAAAAAAUAAGAGGGGGCAAGGAAAAUUUAUCUCUAAACUUCUAAACAUCCUUAUGAUUACGAAUUCGUGAGUUCAGUAUAAAACCUAGUUUAAUUAGGACUCUGGGAAAGACCUGGGCGAUCAUUCAAGUUCUAAAAAUUCAAGUCUAAAUUCUAAGUCUUCUAGUUGGGAAUAGUUGGACAAUCAAG